CUUCUUAACCAGGAAAAGUAACCGGUUACAGUAACCAUGAAGUUGCUACAUAUGUAACUCAUUUAAAACUUUGUUUUUGAAACAAAAUCUUCCAGGGAGAGAUUAUUACUGAUUUGCCUGCUUUUUCAGCCAGAUUAAGUUAUAGCCAUCAUGGUAUCAGAGGAGUUAGUUCAUAAUUUAAUCAAAGAAAAAUUGCAACCCUCGCAUUUGACGGUUGAAGAUGUUUCUGACGGCUGUGGAGCCAAGUUUAACUGUGUGAUUGUCUCAAGUCAAUUCGAAGGGAAACCAUUAUUGGAGCGACAUCGGAUGGUUCAUAGUGCUUUAGAAGGAAUCAUAUCUUCGAUUCACGCUUUAACUAUGAAAACCUAUACUGCGGAACAAUUUAAUAAGAUUUCAUCGUCAAGUUAAGAUUGCUUUUCGUAAUUUCGCGUGGAGCUGUUCUACUUUUUUCAAUUUUUAAGCCUUUAAGUCUUAAAAAUAACGAAUCAAGAAAAUUAUGGAAUUAUAAUCAAUUCUAUUUCUCCGUGUACAUCAAAUAUAAAUUUAGUUUCUUUCCAGAUUAUCAAAUUGAUGAAAAUUGUUUCUAAAUAACGUUAAACUCAUUCCCAAAUUGU